AUUGAUCUAACAAACUCCGAUGAAAGAGCUUUCAAAGUUGGAGAUGACCGAACUGAAAUCAUAGCGUGAAAUCGAGCUCAGACUCGAACUCUUUGACAACGAACGAUGUCGUCGCCUGACAUUACCGCUAUAUUGGAGUACUCCAAGGAGCUCGAUCGGUUGAGGAAAGAGCAAGAGGAUGUGCUCGUCGAGAUCAACAAGAUGCACAAGAAGCUCCAAGCCACUCCUGAGGUGGUUGAAAAGCCUGGUGACAGUUCGUUAUCAAAGUUGAAAGCUUUGUAUACUCAUGCAAAAGACCUGUCAGAGAGUGAAGUAAACUUUUCCACCUUGUUGAUAGGUCAACUUGAUACUCUUCUGCCUUCUGGACCUUCAGGGCAACAACGAAGAAGGAUAGAAGGCAACGAUCAGAAAAGGAGAAAAAUGAAGACCGAUUCAGAUAUUUCAAGGAUUUCCCCUAAUGUGCGAAGCCAACUUGAGGCUUGGGCUAGUUUAAAGGGUGAACAGGUAGCAGCAAGAGUCACACCAGAUGAGUCUGAAAAGGACGAGUGGUUUGUUGUAAAAGUUAUUCAUUUUGAUAAGGAGACAAAAGAAUUUGAAGUACUAGAUGAGGAACCAGGUGAUGAUGAUGAGGGUGGUGGCCAACGGAAGUACAAGCUGCCCAUGUCAAAUAUUAUUCCUUUCCCCAAGAGAAAUGAUCCUUCUACUGCCCAGGAUUUCCCUCCUGGAAGACAAGUGUUGGCUGUCUAUCCAGGAACAACUGCACUUUAUAAGGCAACUGUUGUCAAUAACAACCGCAAGAGGAAGACAGAUGAGUAUUCACUCGAAUUCGACGAUGACGAGGAAGAUGGAUCCUUGCCUCAAAGGAGUGUACCAUUCCACAAGGUGGUUCCUCUGCCUGAAGGACAUCGUCAAUGAAUUCAUGCUGUUUAUAGCCGUAUAUAAUUCUAAAAGCUCUUAUAUAGGAUUGUUAACCUGACCCUUAACAUGCCUGCCCUAUGUGGCUGGCUAUGUUUCUCUUUUGACCAUUUCGAGAUGAUAUUGUAAUAUCUUCCCUUCUCACGUUAUGUAGCAUAUUUACCUCUGCUUCCUCUCUCUCUCUCUCUCUCUCUCUCUCUCUCUCUCUCUCUGUAACUUGGUAGGCUAGAUUCGAGGAUUUUGGAGAAAAACUAUCCAUAAUUUAUGUUUCCUCCAGAUUACUUUCGCACCUCAUUAAUAUUGUAGGGAAUAAACUUCCCAUGCUUCAUGUA